UCCGGGUUAGUGGACGACCUUGAGGCUUCAAAAGCAAGAUGGCGGCUAUCCUGAGGCUGAGUGUCCUCCGCGGGGCCCAGGGAUCCCGAGGCCUGUUUCUUCAAACUCCAGUGGUAAAACCUGCUCAUGUCUCAGCAUUUCUCCAAGACCGCCUAUCUCCAGGAUGGUGUGGAGCCCAGCACAUUCACCUAUCGCCAAGCUGCCAUGCUGGUUCCAAGGCUGCGUCUGUCCACUGGACUAGUGAAAGAGCAGUCAGUGUUUUGCUCCUGGGCCUGCUUCCUGCUGCGUAUUUGAAUCCUUGCUCUGCAAUGGACUACUCCCUGGCUGCAGCCCUCACUCUCCACAGUCACUGGGGCCUUGGACAAGUUGUGACGGACUAUGUUCAUGGAGCUGUGCCCCAGAAAGCUGCCAAGGCAGGCCUUUUGGCACUCUCAGCUUUAACUUUUGCUGGCCUUUGUUACUUCAACUACCAUGACGUGGGCAUUUGCAAAGCUGUUGCCAUGCUGUGGAAGCUCUGAUCUUCUGGACUUACUACUUUAAGGAUUGAUUGUGCGCCUCUUUGCCUCUGCCCUGUCAUGCCAUUCAGCUCACAGUAAGCAAAAAGUAACGGAUAAGUUCAUCGGGCCUUGUGAGAUGGUCAUUUGUAGCAUUUAAGGUCGAGAGGAAUUGUAUC